CCUAGUCCCGGAAGCACCGCCUGCCUGACAUUCAUCCCAUCACGGCUGUGGCACUGGGCAGGAGACGCGGGACCCGUGGGCAAUGUGGAAGCAGCGGCUGCGCGAGGCGCUGCUGGUGUUGGGGGGUGGUGUCGCCAUCUUCGCCGGGCACGGCACCGUCUCGGGCGAUGAGCGGUUCUAUCGCGAGCUGCUCAUGCCGGCGCUGCGUCGAGUCGUGCCGCCUGAGGCGGCGCACACGUUCUCCAUCCGCCUGCUGGCGCUGGGCCUCGGCCCUCGCCUCCACCCCACACGGAACGACGGCCCUGCGCUGGAGACGCGCGUGUUUGGCCGCACGUUCGCGAACCCCGUGGGCAUCGCGGCCGGCUUCGACAAACAUGGCGAGGCGGUGGACGGCCUCUUCCACCUGGGCCUCGGCUUUGUGGAGGUCGGCAGUGUCACUCCGCUCCCGCAGCCCGGAAACCCCAAGCCCCGCGUGUUCCGGUUGAGCGAGGACAGCGCAGUCAUCAACCGGUACGGGUUCAACAGCGACGGGCACGAGGUGGUGGCGGCACGUCUGGGGGCACGAGCGGACGCGCAGAAGGAGCUGUCUCGAGGUGGGCAUCCCCUCGGCAUCAACCUGGGCAAGAACAAGCUCUCGCCCAGCGCCGCGGAUGACUACGUGGCGGGGGUGACGCGCUUUGGCCCGCUGGCCGACUACCUUGUGGUGAACGUGUCUUGCCCCAACACGCCGGGCCUACAGGUCCUUCAAGGAUGCUCCGAACUCAGGGCCCUGCUGCAGCAGGUUGUGCGUGCGCGUGACGCACUGCCCACUCCACACAGGCCGGCCUUGCUGCUCAAGAUUGCGCCGGACCUCACCAACGAGGCCAAGCGCGACAUCGCAGCCGUUGUCACUGAGAUGGGUGUGGACGGCCUUAUUGUGAGCAACACCACUUUGAGCCGGCCGGCGGGCCUGCAGUCCGCUCACCGCACCGAGACCGGGGGGCUGAGCGGGGUGCCGCUCCGAGAGCUCUCCACGCAGACCGUGCGAGACAUGUACAAACUCACCGGAGGCUCCGUGCCAAUUGUGGGGGUCGGCGGGAUAACAAACGGCGCCGACGCAUUCGAGAAGAUCCACGCGGGGGCCUCGCUUGUGCAGCUCUACACGGCGCUCAUGUACCAGGGCCCGCCCGUCAUUGCGCGCGUCAAGCGCGAGCUGCGGGACCUGCUCAGUGAACACGGCUACAGCAGCGUGGCCGAGGCUGUCGGGGCCGAACACCGGGAACCCCGGACUGGAUUGCCGCGGCAGGCGGAGCGUAAUGCGGGGGGUGCGGCGGCGUGACGGGAGGGGGGGGGUGCGGCGGUGUGACGGACGCGAUGUGGCUGAGCUGUGCAGUGGUGAUGUCGCUGAGAACCGUAGCUGUGAGCCGGAUUUUUCUGCCGAACGCUCAUCACACAUACGUAGGAUAACACUCAUUUGGUCUGUGAAGAUGAGUUCAGGAGUCCUCCUUGUUCUGCUGCCAUCCACUGGCACACCUCACGGCCUAGCUGGUCUAGGAGUUUAACAAAUCCCUACGAAAUACACCAAAACUUGCCUCUCCACAGGUGUGCGCCACUGUAUCCAGCUCAUACAUUUGUGUUUUCCUGAAUCUUUAUCACCAAGGAAGUUUCGUGAAAGGUUUCACGAGUAUAAUAUAUGAAUUUCAAUCGCUGCCUUCAUAUGUAUUUUGGUAUUGGUACAUCCUCGCAAAAUUGUAAUUUUAAUUGUUAACAUGAGCUGUGGAUGUGCUGCUGCACUCGCGAUAAUUACGUUUCCUCUCCACAAACAUGCAAUUUUUUUAUCGCUUGUGCGCGUUAACGUCAAGCGGACGCACAACACGUCCCACUCGAUGGUUAUUUGUAUUUUUGUAAAGCUGAUGUAAGAAGCGGCGGUUGCCUUUUCCCCACCACCCAUCGCUCACUUGCUUGGCCGAGCAAAUUUGGCGAUAGUGUCGACUUUCUGACGUGUGGUCGUUGUAAAGCUGUUGCGACAGAAGAACAAAUAAACCGCAGGUCACCGACCUCGAUGACCUGCCGACAAUCGAG